AUGUCUCUGCUUUUCAAUCUGUUCGCAGAACUCUCAGUUGAAGAGGAAGAAGAUAACAAGGCUCGCUUCAUCUUCUCCUCAUCUCCACGUAAGCAAACCCCUUAUAUGAUACUUGAAGGUAACAAAGUAGGAGAGUCUUGUUCAGAAGAGGAAAAAAUCAUUGUGAAAUUCAAGUUAUUGGAUCUUAACAAGGAAGAGAUCAUCCAUGUUACCCACAAGGCAUUUCCAAAGUUGUUGUACGAAGAGUCACGAGUCAUUGGAAGCUCUCGUGGCUGGACAGCUUUUAUGAGCAAACAUGAUGGAACCGUACAUCUAAGCGACGCGUUGACCAAUCUCGUGUCCACAAGAGUCAUGACUCUGCCUUCACUUUCUGAUCCUUUGCGUCUUAGAUCCAGUGCAAUCAUAAACGUCUCCAUAUCUUCUCCUCCUGAUGAAGAUGACGGUUACGUAGUGUUCGUCAAGUUCUUAGGCCCUGACCUCUAUUAUUGUAGACCUAAUCGGGUCUCGCGAUGGACGAAGAUCGAUAUGAUUUAUCAAUCACAUAUAAACUUAUGUGAUGUCAUUUAUUCACCAGGAACCGAAAUGUUGUUCCUCGUGAUAACAGGAGCGAGUUUCUUGCUUUGUUAUGAUCUCAAUAUGAACGAAAGGUAUACGAGGCUGCAUCUCAUCAAGUACCCGAAGAUGGCACAGUCCGAGUGGGAGUUGUUGGCUUUGUGUUCCAAGACGGACCAAUUGGUUGAGUAUGAGUCAUCAUGUGACAAAUGUUUCAUCGUGAGACGGUACGUGGAGACAUAUGACCAAGGGGACAAAGAGAUUGUAUUCAACAAAAUCAAGAGAUUCAUGGUGUUUCAGCUACAUAAACAAUUGAAGAAUGGAGACAUUACGGCUAAAUACACCAAAGACAUUGGAGAUCUCUGCGUUUUCUUUGGCAAGAAUGAGACAUUUUGUGUUGAUGCAAGCAAAUAUCCUGGACUUAAGCCUAACUCUAUAUACUACGUUGGAUAUGGUAUCAUCGGCGUUUACGACAUUGGUGACGAAAAAUUCCAACACUUAACUCCAUCUAUGCCUCUCAACUGGCCUCUUUAA